UGACUCUUUACAGAUAAAUGUGGAUUCUUCACACAAAAAUCUAAUCUGAUCACAUAUGGACUGAUAGCGCUAUCCUAUGUGAUGGUCAUCGCACUCUUCAUAAUAGUCCUGUCACAGAAGAGUCCAUCUCAAAUGGCUACCAUGGCUAGCAAGACUGACCUCCAGAGCUUGGACUCAACUGUUGGUAACCUGUCACUAAAGAUGAAGCAAAUAGAACGGGAUACAAAAAAGGCAACCACUUGUGAGACUGGCUGGCAACCAUUCAAAGGCAGUUGCUACUUUUUUACAAACCUCAGAUCCAACUGGAUGAAGGCCAGGAGUUCCUGUGUGAUAAAAGGCGCUGACUUAGCUGUAAUUACUAGUGAGGAAGAACAGAACUUUAUCAGUCGUCAAACUGGGGACCAACCUUACUGGAUUGGUCUGAAUGACAUAGAAGAAGAAGGGAAGUGGACGUGGGUGGAUGGAACAGACUAUGCAUCCUCAUACAAGGCCUGGAUGCCCAAUCAGCCCAGUGAUAGUGAUAAAAAUGAAGACUGUGCUCACUUGUUGUCGAAAGGGAAAUGGAAUGAUAAUAAAUGCUCCCACGCCGAACUUAUGGCUCUCUGUGAGAAAAAACUAGGUGCCUAA